UCUCAAAUGGGUAUGUGUUCUGGAAAACCUGCCAAUGUUGCUCAUGUUUCGUCUUCUCAAUUCAUGGAAGACGUCGGUAAUCGUAACAGAAGAAACAACUCACACCCUGCAAAAGAUCGAUCAGGAAUGGCGAUUUUCAAGAAAGUAUCGAAAGCAUCAGGAGAUGAGAGUUUUGCCAUUCCAAUCAACCUUAAGGCCUUCACGUUGAACGAGCUUAAGGCCGCCACCAAGAAUUUCCGGCCAGAUAGUCUUCUCGGCGAGGGAGGUUUCGGUCAGGUGUUCAAAGGUUGGAUUGAUGAGACCACCUUUGCUCCGGUGAGACCCGGCACCGGACUGGUUGUUGCAGUCAAAGUACUUAAAUCCGAAAGCCAUCAAGGCCACAAAGAAUGGCUUACUGAAGUUGAUUACUUGGGGAAGCUUCGUCACAAAAAUCUUGUUAGACUAAUUGGGUAUUGCGAGGAGUCUCACAAUCGACUUCUAGUUUACGAGUUCAUGCCAAAAGGGUGUCUGGAGAAUCACCUUUUUAGAAAAGGAGUUGAACCAAUGGCUUGGGCCACAAGGAUGAGCAUUGCCAUUGAUGUAGCUCAUGGAUUAUCUUUCUUGCAUAGUAAAGAACCCAGUAUUAUUUACCGCGAUUUGAAGGCUUCCAACAUCCUGCUUGAUUCAGAGUUUACUGCAAGGCUUUCGGAUUUCGGGUUGGCAAGAAAUGGUCCUGUUGGAGAUAACACACAUGUUUCUACCAGAGUUGUGGGAACCAGUGGUUAUGCAGCUCCAGAAUAUGUAGCCACAGGGCACUUGACUAGAAAGAACGAUGUGUACAGUUUCGGAGUGGUUUUAUUGGAAUUGUUGUCGGGAAGACGAGCAAUUGCCGAUGAGAGAGCCGGUGGAGUCGAAGAGACAUUGGUGGAAUGGGUGAAACCGUUUCUAAUCGACAAAAGAGGGGUUUUUAGAAUUAUGGAUACACGGUUAGGUGGUCGAUAUUCAAAGAAAGGUGCACAAGCCGUGGCUGAACUCGCGUUAAAGUGUCUCAAUAACGAUCCCAAGCAUAGACCCGCGAUGACCGAGGUUGUUGAAUCCUUAGAACAAAUCACGAAUACACCCAAAAAUGUUCCGCAGAUUUCAUCGUAGCAACCCCUUGACGCCUAAGUCGUUUUGAUUGUACAAUUUUGUCCUCGUGAUUUCAAUUACAAAAGAUUGGUAUCAUCAUGGUCGCUUCCCCGUCCAUAGUUUACGUAAUGACAGUCUGGAAGGUGUUAUGGGUUUAUGUAGUCGUAUAUAAAAGCUACGUGUUGAUA